AUGACGGGCGUCGAUCCAGGAGUGGCACAGCACCACCUCAACAUCCCACCUGACGCUCGCCCGGUGAAACAAAGACCCAGGCGACAAGCCCCUGACCGACAACGUGCCACACACGAGGAAGUGACCCGUCUCUUAGCGGCAGGCUUCAUAGAAGAAGCCAAGUAUCCUCAAUGGAUGUCCAAUGUAGUCCUUGUGAAAAAACACAAUGGAAGCUGGAGGAUGUGCGUUGACUACACUAGUCUCAACAAUGCAUGCCCGAAAGACUGUUACCUCCUCCCGAAGAUCGACCAGCUGGUCGACGCGGCGGCCGGGCAUGCACGCCUCUCUUUCAUGGACGCCUAUUCGGGAUACAACCAGAUUAAGAUGGCACCCGAAGACAGAGAGCAUACGGCCUUCCUCACCGACCAAGGGGUGUACUUCUAUAAGGUCAUGUCGUUCAGAUUGAAGAACGCCGGAGCCACAUAUCAGAGAACGGUGAACAAGAUGUUCGCCCACCAGAUCGGGAGGAACAUAGAGGUUUACGUGGACGACAUGAUCGUGAAAAGCCAAGAGGCCGGAACGCACAUUGCCGACCUGACCGAGGCGUUCGCCACGCUACGCAAGUUCGGUAUGCGACUUAACCCCACAAAAUGCGCUUUCGGUGUCACCUUCGGGAAAUUCCUCGGGUUCAUCAUACAUGAAAGAGGAAUUGACGCCAACCCGGAGAAGACCUGCAGCGACUUAACGGAAGGCUUGUUGCCCUGUCUCACUUCCUCGCCCGGUCGGGCGAUCGCUGCCUCCCCCCAUGCAGUCAGUUCCGUCCUGAUCGAAGAAAGCUCUGGCGAGCAACUCCCAAUCUACUACGUCAGCCACAUCCUGAGCGGACCCGAGGGGCGUUACCCGCCGAUAGAGAAACUCGCACUCGCCCUGGUGCUGUUAGCUCAGAAGUUACGCCCCUACUUCCAGGCCCACCCCGUGGAGGUCAUCACCGACCAACCCCUUCGGCAGGUUUUAUCUAAAUUUGAUGUUGCAGGAUGGCUCCUCAAGUGGGUAGUGGAGCUCGGCGAGCAUGAUAUAAGAUACGUGCCCAGGACCGCCAUCAAGGCCCAAGCGGUAGCUGACUUCAUCGCGGAGCUAACUCAGGUGGCAGACGGGGAUCUCGAGCAACCUCCCGAAGCUUGGAUCCUACAUGUGGACGGCUCGGCCAGCUCAAAGGGUGCCGGCGCGGGACUGGUUCUGCUUGCCCCCGACGGCCGUUCGUUCGAGCGCUCCUUCCGCUUCGGGUUUAAAGCCACUAACAACGAAGCGGAAUACGAGGCGCUCCUAGUAGGACUCAGGUUGGCCCUCGAGAUGCAGGUGGCUGCUAUACACGUCCUCGUCGACUCGCAGCUUGUGGCCGAGCAGCUCAGCGGUGGACACGAGGCUCGGGACCCAACCAUGGCGAAAUACCUGGCACGGGUAAGGGACCUGACUGCUAAGUUCCCUUAUUUCACGUUGUCCAAUGUCCCGAGGGAGGAGAACGAGCGGGCCGAUGCGCUGACUAAGCUGGCGUCGAAGCCGACCUACGCAGCACGGCCGGAGGUCGAGGAGCUUCCUGCCCGCGCCAUCGAGGUAGCGACAACAGCCCCCGUUAGUGCGCCGAUCAUAUGGGUACAGGAGCUGCUACGCUUCAAGCGCGAUGGGACCCUUCCCCACGACGAAGUUGCGGCUCGGCGUCUGCGUCGUACACACGCGUGGUACAAUGAAGAGAGUGGCCAGCUUUAUAGGCGGUCCUUUACCUACCCCCUCCUACGAUGUUUGGAGCCCGACGAGGCCCAGACGGUCCUGGCCGAGAUCCACGAGGGAAUCUGCGGAGAACACAGCGGCAGGCGAACCUUGGCACACAAAAUACUUCGCCAAGUGGGGGUUGGACCUGCUCGGACCUUUCCCACCGGCCUCGGGGUAGCGAAAGUACAUCAUCGUGGGAGUGGAUUAUUUCACGAAGUGGGUCGAGGCCGAGCCAUUGGCGACAAUCACAGAGCAAUAAAUGGAGAAGUUCGUAUGGAGAAACCUGGUGACCCUGUUCGGACGAACGGGUUGGCAGAGGUAACCAAUCGGUCUAUCUUGGACGGACUCAAAAGAAGGGUGUCAGCAGCCCGAUCGGCCUGGACUGACGAACUCCCUAGUGUCCUAUGGUCACUGCGCACCACUCCCAAGACCGCAAUCGGAGAGUCCCCGUACAGCCUGACAUUCGGAACCGAGGCUGUCCUGCCACCCGAGGUAGCUAUCUCCACCCUUCGGACGAGGAGCUACGACGAGGAAAUCUCGAACGAGGGACUUCGAGCCAGCCUCGACAUGCUCGAGGAGCGGCGCGCUGACGCACACCUGAAGGCCCUCUCUUAUAAGAGAGCCGUCGCAAGGGUCUACAACAGGAAGGUACGACCCCGACCGAUUAAGUUAGACGACCUGGUCCUCCGAAAGACCGAGGUCAGCGACCCGACCCGAGCCAGGGGGAAGCUAGCCCCCAAAUGGGAAGGCCCUUAUCGGGUCGCCGAGGUAGUCCGACCGGGUACUUAUCGGCUCACGACAAUGGACGGUUCUCCCUUGCCGAGGACCUGGAACGUCGGGAACCUUAAGAAGUUUUUCGUCUGA